UCUGGCUCUACCGCGGGGUGCUACAGCAGAACAGCAAAUACUAAAGCAAGAGCAGCAGACCACCACCAGCAUCACCAGCAGCAGCUGAAAUGGACCCCUCGAUGGACGACCCCAUGUCCGAAGAGGAAGAGGACGAGGACAUGGAUCUUCCACCGGGCGAGAGCCGUAGCAGCGUUGGCGGCAGCGGCAGCGGCGGCGGCGGCGGCAAGGGCGUGGUCGUGAAGGGGGUCGAGAUCGCCGAGGAGGACGUGUAUGCCUACGGCGACCCGGACGACCCGCUGGAUCGGGUGCUGGACGUCUACCUCGCGGACGAGCUGGAGGACCACCUGUACCUACUGCAGUACCCGAUGCAGCCGGCGGAUCGCCCUUCGAGCACGCCCCUCGCAGUCAAGCACAUGGGAGGAUGUUCACUCACCGCUGCCAAGAGCAACGAGACCCACUUCUCAGCCGCUCUAAAGAAGCGGGUCUUGUACUUAUCCGAGGCCGACGUUGCCCCCCCCCCGCCCCCUCUCACGUCACAGGUGAAAGCAGCGAACCACCUGCUGGAGGUGGAGCACCCUAUCAAGCAGGGAGGCAAGCACUACGACAAGAACGCCCCGGGGCAACUCCGGCGGGCCACUCAAAAGCACACGGGCAGCAGGGUGCGACCGGCGACGAACUUCGCGUUCGGCGUGAUUCGGAGCGACGAGCUACAUCUGACCCCGAUCCACGCCACCAUGCAGAUGCGUCCCUGCUUUCAGCACAUCGAUGAGGCCAAGGCUCAGGAGAUCGAGAUGGAUCUGGACGACCCUGAUAACGGCGGCACCAAGGAGGCGGAGAAGCCGCAGCAGGUGUCGUUCAAGAAGAAGGAGAGUGAGCGGGCCACCGCGGCGCGAAAGUCGUCGUACGCCUACAAGAAGUCAAUCGAGGACGCCGAGCCGUGGGUCGCCCUGGAGGUGCACGGCCAGAACGACGAUCGGUCCCUGGACGAGUUCUCCCGCAUGUUCGUCGACGACGACGCCAGCGCCAAUCGCGGGACGAUCACCAAGGAGUUCCCCCCGUGCGAGCGUUACCUCCAGGGGCUGGAUUACAUGGAGGAGUACGACGAGAACGGGGAGUCUUUCUCCGCCGGGGGCAGGGGACGAUCUCUGGUCGAUAGCAUUGACCUGGUCACCGCCGGAACGGGCACAUACUCUCCCGUCAACCUUCCCGCGGCUCCCGUGCAACAGCUGGGGGGGGAUGCCAAGGUUGUCGCGUAUCUCAAGCUGGCGCACCUCGUGCCCUUCAGCAUGCUGCUGGACGUGACCAACAUGUCCCCGGACGCCGUGCUUCAGGCGCUGAGCGUGGAAGGGCGGCAGAAGGGGCUGCUGAUGCGAGGCAACUGGGCGGCUCUGCCGGCGGACGUUUGGCCGCGGGGCCCCCCUCACGCCGCUGACUGCUUGUCGGUCGCGCAGUGUUUGCUUCACAGAUACGGAGCCGUGAGCCGACCUGACUUGCAAAGACGUUUCCCCGAACUCGAACCCGUAACGCUCAAGGAACUCCUCUCGCAUAUCGCCGAGCUCGACACGGUCGACAGAAGGUGGGUGCCCAAGGUUAAGGACGGACUGACGUUCGGCAUGGAGUACCCCGAGAUCGUCGAGCUCGAGGAGGAGAGAUGGACGCUGCACGAGUCCAUCCUGAAGGAGAGGUUGGGCGAAGACAUCCUCGCCCCGCCGUCGUGCCCAACGUUCGGCACAUUCGUCAAGGUCUUGGAAGACGCGGCGCGCGCCGCGUCGGCGGCGUCGGCAUCAGCCGCUCGAGCGCCUAUGUCGCGCGCCAUGCCGUCGUUCGGCGUCCUGAGGCGGGGCGAGGUCGCCGCCAAGCAAGAGAUAACGGAGGAGGAGGAGGAGAAGGAGGAGGAGACGGUUGCGCCGGCGAGAGGGGCGGAGCCCAAGGAAGAGAAGCCCAACGUCAUCGAAGAGGCUGAUGCUGCGGCCGCCGCCAAGGGGAAGGCGAAAGCCGGGCCUGCAGCCGCGGGAGCAGCAGCAGUAGCAGGAGCAGCGGCGCGUGGUCCUGCCCCGAAGCGCCACUUCAAGCCGAAGAAGAGGCCGGCGAAGGCGGCCAGCGCCGUGAAGGAAACGGCGGUCAAGCAAGAGCACGAGGGGGAUGAUGCGGCUGGUGGAGGCGCCGCCGCGGGUGGUAGUGGUGAUAGUUGUGUCGAGGAGUCGAAAGGGACAGCAGCAGUAGAGGAAGGACGGAUUGACGGCGGCUCAGAAGGGAGGAGGGGGACGGCCAGAUCAAGAAGUGACGCGGGUGCCGCCGCCGCGGUCGACGGUGGCGUCACGAAGCCCUCUGCCGGCGGCUCAAAGAGUCGAGAGGGUGAGGGGGGCGCGACCGCAGGCGCCGGUACGUUGCCCGCGGCGAAAGAGGAGCCGCGAGAACAGAGCAGCGGCGGCGGCCUCCCCGCCGAGGGUAAGGGUAAGGGGCCUGCUGCUUCUGGUUCCGGGGAUACCGACAUGGCAGAGGGGGCGACGGCCGCAGAAGCGGCAGCAGGGGGCGAUACCAAUGCUGCUGCUGCUGCGGCGGCGGAAGAAGAAGCUGAAUGGAGGACGGAGAACAAGGCUGCCGGCGGGAAGUCUAGAGGUCGCGGCGGUGGCGGCAGCAAGCGAGAAGAGCCGGCGACUAGACCAAAGGUCAAGCCACGAUCAAACCGCUCCAAGUCUAAGGGGAAGUGAUGAAUCGGCCGAUAGAUGGGAAAAUAUCAGAUACAUGUUUUUGUAUCUCCGCGGGGUUGACAAGGCUGUGCCGCUGUCGAGUGGGCAGCACGCAUGGCCGUGCGUUGGAGCUACUGCGCAGGGAGGGAAUAGGUUGGACGAGGGAGCGAUAUCAGCUUGCGGGCGGAGGAAAGGGACGUGGUUUUGGUGGGUGCCGGGGUAAAGGUGCGUUGCGACUAUGGUAGCGAGUGGUUGCCGGGCGGAGAUGCCGGGCGGAGAGAUUCUAUUCUUGCCGGUUGUUGGUGGGAAGCAUCGGUGUCUGGUACUUCCAAGUAUUUGGUUCUGGAGAGCUUCUUCGGACGGGAAUAUACGCUCUCACCGCCCCCCGAGGUAGCCACAGCUUCUCAUCCGUCCGAGCAGCCUCGUGAUGUGUUGGCAACGUGUGACUAUUUGUUUGUUUCUCCCCCGGCGCCUUUGGCGGGGGCCGUGCUCAGCAACAAAUGACGCGAACAAGAAGCUUCAUCGUUGCGUUUACGAGUGCUCCUGUCUUGUAUAUACCUCCCACAACGUCGAGGGCGUGUGUGCGGGAAGGCUACUACUGUAGGACUUUACCAAGCUUGAGGAUGGAUGGAAGGCGGGCACCGUCCGUAUUUGCUGUGGCCGGAGAGGCGGCACACGCACCCGGCCCGGAUACCGGCUCGGGGUUUCCACUUCGUUGCUUGGAACACAACGAAAGCAAUCAAUAGGUAGGCUUGCUUCUACGCGUGUUCCGAUGAGAGAUGGCGGCAAAGGAAGUAUGUAGCUAACUGAGUGUCCUCGUCGCUCUUAAAAUAAAAACAAGAGUAUGGUCAUCUCGUACGAUGGCGUUGACGGUGCGCGGGAAAACUUGAUACAUGUAGAUACAUUCCUCCUCGUUGCGACCGGUUGUUGGCCCAUCAUCCCAUGUCCCCUUGUAUUGUUCAGGUGGUGCGUAGACGCUGGUUUACGCCACCCAAAAGCACAACAAACGUAAGCUUUCCUGCGUACGUGGGUGUUGACGGGGUCCGCGCUCCCCUUUCCUCACCCCAUCCUCUUUCCCUGCGGUCGCACGAAGCUCGCGUCGCACGCAAUGAAGCUGACUUGUGAAGCACGAAAACCACCACGACCCACCGGGCACACGUACCUGCCUACACUCUCAAAAACCAAUCCUCUACAACCGUCCAGUCCGCACUCCUGUCUUUGCAUGCAUCCCAAUGACUAGACUACAUGUAGAGUCUAUGGCACGAACAACGGGGGGCCCGGCCAAUACACGAAGGUAAAAAUAAAAUUGUGAGUGCGCAUCUGAGAACGAUCUCUAACGUGUACACCACCCGUAUCCUUCCAUCAAACGCAUAUCAUAAUGUCGCAUCCCCGAAACUCCUUUCUUUGUGGGUAAAACAAGAACGUGUUCACUAAAGCCAUGUAAGCGCCGCUCGCCUAUUGUGAGGGUGCUAAUGUGUGUAGACUGUAGGUUCUUUUACCUCGUCUCUAGUAGUAGUAGGCAAGGAAGGCAUGGCACCGCUCCGCCGCGUGCUAGGCAACCAGAAGU